GAUGAUGGUUCACAUAGAAGGUUAUCUGCAUCCAGUAGCUAUAGAUCACCGUCUUUGGCCCAUAAAGUUGCUGGUGAUGGUUUGAUUGGGAAGCCUAGUGGCCUAGAUAUGAAAAGCAUUAUGCAAGAAACUGAGGCAUUGAUAGAGAAAAUUGGUGCUUCACCAAUUGAAAGAAACAUUUACUCUAAAGAAGAUUUGUAUGCUUUUGUUAAAGAGAAAAACCAUGUAUCAAAAGAGGAUUGGCUUUCACUUGUGGAUUAUCACUGUCAUGUUUGUGAUCAGCUUCAAGAUAAAAUCAAGUUGAAUCAUAACUUGAUCCAAAAUAUUUUAGAAUUGAAUAAUCAUAUAUCUACUUCUGUGAAAGUUCAUGAAUCUAAACUUGAAGCUGCCAGUACUGAAAUCUCUGCAUUACAAUCAUUAUUAGGGAUUUCUGAUGCUUUUCCUAAAUCUUGUGAACCUCAAGAAUCACCAAUUUCAUCAGCGAAGAACUCAAAGGCAUCAUCAACUUUUGAAAAAGGUAUACAAAUUUCAAAUACUCUGAUUUUGUUAAGAAAUAUUGACUGUGGUUUACCAACGAUAGAUACUCCAAUUACCUUAUCCCCUGAUGAUUUGGACCAAGGUGUAUUGUCUCAAGAUGAUGAUGUUGAAGAUGGAACUGCAUCAAAAGCAGUAUCACCAGUGACCCAUAUUGAUAAUGAUGAAGACGAUAUUGGUGAUGGGUUUGUUUCGCCAUUGUCAAGGGGUGCUGAAUGUGAGAAAUACCACACAUUUAAGCUUCACAGUCCAUCAUAUCAUUUCCAAAAGCCUCAGAGUCCGUUUAGUCCAUUUGUUGUUUUCUCAAAAGAUAAAAAUGGUGGUAUCAGGAACAAUAUUUAUGAGGAUGUGUAUAGUCAUAGCCCAAGUUUAGAACAAGA